AAAAGUUUAUGGGCUGUAAUUGAAAAUUACCCAAAAAUCGGAGCUCUUCUCUGCUCUACUGCUUCAGUAUGACCUCUACUAACUGAAGAAGAAGUAACCACCAGCAUGGAAGAAAUCAAUCAUCAUCCGCCACUUCUGGUUGCCGGAGUUCUCAAUUAGGAACCAUCAUCCGCCACUUUUUGUUGCAUGUAAUCUCAAACCCUAGGCGACGCCGCCACGAUGAUACAGCAACAGCAACCACCGCAACCGCAGAAUUCGUCUCUCAGUAUUAUCAGAUCAUCUCCAACGCCACCUGCUCACCACAGCCAACCGCACGAUCAUCAUCAUGGCGGCGGAGGCGGCGGUGCUGCUGCUGCGGUGGUGAUGCUGACAAGGAUUAGGUUAUCUGAUAUAUCACCGGUCGAUGGAGCUCCAUCUGGAACUUACAUGAAGGCGGUGGAGGCGCUUUCCGGUUCUUUAACGAGACAUAACGCGGCGGUUAUUGAAUUAGGGAGUGAAGAUGCUUCUCUUAUUAAGUGUGUUUUGGAAUCCUCUCGCUUGUUUUUUCGGACUCGUGCCGCCGGUGCUGCUCCUCCUCACUCUAGACCUGCUACUCGCGGGGUGCACGAGUUUAGAGCUGGAAGGGCUGUAGAGGAUUGGGACUCAUCACCUCCAUGCAUGGCUGAGAUUUUUAGGUGCAUGGGUAAGGCAGCUCGUGCUGUUUUAUGUGCAAUAGCAAGGCAUCUUCGUUUGCGAAGCGAUGUUUUCAAUCAUUUACUUGAUGACACUCCCUUGCCCCCUAAUGAGGUAUCUUCAUCUGUGCUUCUUGCUACCUAUUUCCCUGCCUCCUUGCAAAGUGGAAAGGGGGCUAUUGGAGGAGGGAAGCCAGCAGUUAAUGGGGAAGUUGAGAAAGGAUUAUUGACUCUGGUUUCUUCUGAUAAUGCUGGUCUGCUGGUCUGUGACCCCAAUGGUCGGUGGUACCUUGCUGAUUCUGGCACAGCUCCAGGGGAUCUUUUACUAAUAACAGGCAAGGCACUCAGUCAUGCCACUGCUGGUCUUCGUCCUGCUGCUUCAUAUAAGGCUUCUCUUGAUCACACACCAGGCACUAAUAAUGGUGGGAGCAGGACAUCUUUGGCCUUUAGGCUUAUGCCGCAAGGCAAUGCAAUCUUAGACUGUUCUCUAAUUGCAGCAGCUGGUCAUAUUAUUCCUCAGAGUUAUGUGCCAAUAUCUGUAAGCCAGUUUAUGGAUGACCUUUCUGCUGAGGAGGAUGUUACUUACACUCGGCCUGAUAAUAACUAUGAUGUUCGAUGUAACUUGACUAAAGAACCAUCAUUAAGAAGCGUUCUCUCAGAUUCAUUAUCCGGUGCAUUUCUUGAAGAUGCCAUGUUUGUCUCAUGUGGACAUUCUUUUGGUGGUGUCAUGCUAAGAAGAGUUCUUGAAAAGUCGAGAUGUACCCUUUGCAAUGCAGAAAUUGAGGCUGGGUCUCUAAUUCCAAAUCUUGCUCUAAGAGCUGCAGCUGUGGCUGUAAGGCUGGAGGAUGAUCGUAGGCUAUUUCAUAAUGCAGCUCUCAGGAAGCGUCGCAAAGAAAUGGGUGAUCAAACAGACUCUAUGAGAAGACACAGCAGGGAGAAUGGAGAUAUUUCGGUUGCUGAUGGUAUGCAUAGGGGGGUUCAGUACCCAUUCUCUGUCGACGAGAAAGUUGUAAUUAAGGGAAAUAGGCGGACACCAGAAAAAUUUGUUGGAAAGGAAGCAAUUAUUACCUCACAGUGUCUCAAUGGCUGGUACUUGCUCAAAAUUAUUGGUAGCGGUGAGAAUGUUCGGCUGCAGUAUCGCUCUCUCCGAAAAAAUUUGAGCUCCUAGAAACCGCCAAAUCCAAUUCGGAAUAGCAACUCAUAACCUCAAAAACUAUGGAAAUGCAAUUACAAUCUCCAUAGAGCAAAAUCAACACCACCUUAUCAAAUAUGUACAAAAGCUCAUGUUUUUGAUGUUUGUUUGUUCCAAUUUGCUGUAUUUAUUUAGCUAGAAAAUAGGGUUAGGCUAUCCGGAAACUAGGUUAUAGUACGAGAUUAAGAUUAGAACACACUUCUUUUUGCAGCAUGUAAUAUUGUCAUGUAUCUUCUUUGAAAUGAGAUAAUUGCACCCACAGUCCCUGUGA